AUGGAUCUUCUUGAUGCCCUCGUUGGGCCCCCAAAGGUCGACACCGGGGGCUUCCUAGGACAUCCCUCGCGGCCUUCGUCUAUCGAUGAGAGGAGGAGGCGGCUAGCGCAGCAGCAGCAGCAGCAGCAGCAGCAGCAGCAGCAACAGCAGCAGCUGCAGCAACAGUUGCAGCAACAGUUGCGGCGUCAGCAACAGCGGCUGUUGCAAGAGCAACAGCAGCAGCAACAGCAACAAGAGGCCGAAGCACGUCGGCGUGAAGAAGAGCAGCAGCAACUCCUGCAGCAGCAGCAGCAGCAGCUGCAGCAAGAGAGGCAGCAAGUACUGAAACAGCUAAGAACAGCAGGAAGGAGUGUAAUCGUAGAUAGACAGGCGCAGAAGCAAGUGCAGGCACUCAGUAAGCGGCUGCUGGAGCUGGAGAAGCAGCAGCAGCAGCUGCAAGAGGGAAAGCCACUCGACAGCGACAGCAGCAGCAGCAGCAGCAGCAGUAACAACUGCAGCAGCAGCAGCAGCAACAGCAGCAACAACGCAUUGUGCAACAGCGUCAGCAGCGAACCAAGUACAUGCGCAAGCACCACAAGCAGCACCUGCAGCGUCAACGACAGCAGCAGCAGCAACAGCAGCAACAGCAGCAGCAGCAGCAGCCAGCAGGAGUCUGGGCGGGAGAGUGUUCACGCUGCGCUGCAGCAGCAGCUGCAGAAGCGGCAGCAGGAGCUGCUGCUGCAGCGGCAGCAGCUAGAGGAGGAUGAGCAGCGAAUGAGAAAGCAAGGAAGGCCCCCCAAAGCAGCAGCAGCAGCAGCAGCAGCAGCAGCAGCAUUUAGAAUGCCUGUAGCCAACCGCGCGGGAUCGUCGAUCCCACGUAGCUUGGGGGGUAGCAGCAGCUCAGGCAGCAGCAACAGGAGCAGCAGCCUGCAACGCAGCAGCAGCAGCAGCAGCAGCAGCAGCAGUGGCAGCGUGCGGUCCAAGACAAAGUCUCGGCAGGUGCAUCCAUUUUUUUUGAGCAGGAGCAGCAGCAACAGCAGCACAUGCAGCAGCAGCAGCAGCAGCAGCAGCAGCAACAGCAGCAGCAUCGUUGUAAUGAGGAGCGAAGACGGAACAAAAAUAAUAAAACAUAUCUGCAGCAAGCCCAGCAGCAGCAGCAACCCAGACGUUCGUUUGCUGCGGGAGAGGCCCGAGGGCUUUGACCGCGGCGAUACAUCUAUUUCUUGUGAAACACUCAAAGCAGCAACAGCAGCAGCAGCAGCAGCAGCAGCAGCAGCAGCAGCAGCAACAGCUGGACCAUCAGCAAGGGCUGCACCUUAUUGUGCAGCAGCAGCAACACCUACCAAAAACAACAGCAACACCAGAACCAACACCAGCAGCAGCAGCAGCAGCAGCAACAGCAGCAGCAGCAGCAGCAGCAGCAGCAUCGAUCUGGCGAAGGGGGUAGAGCCAUGGAACCCCAGGAAUUAUGCGCAGCAGCAACUGCAGCAGCAGCAGCUGCAGCAGCAGCAGCAGCAGAAACUGCAGCAGCAACUGCAGCAGCAGCAGCGGCAACUGUCGCCGAGAGGGGAAAGGCUUUGGUCGCACUCUGAAUCUCCGACGCCCCCCCGCGAGCAGCAGCAGCAGCAGCAGCAGCAGCAGCAGCAGCAGCAGCAGCAGCAGCAGCAGCGGAAGUCUCCGAGUUCUUCUAGUCCUGCAGCAGCGGCAGCAGCAGCAGCAGCAAAACCCAAGAUCAGCAGCACCAUAGCAGGCAACAAGCAGGCGCUGCUUCGUCAUCGUCAACGGCAGCUGCUGAUGCAGAAGCUGCUGCGAGAGAAGGAGCAGCAAGAGUUGCUGCUGCAGCAGCAGCAGCAACAGCAGCAGCAGCAACAGGGAAAGAAGGUCCUGGCGUUCCAGCCUUCUCGGGCUAUGCCGCAGCCUCCUCCUGCUGCACCGCAGCAGCAGAAAUUACAGCAGCAGCAGCAGCAGCAGCAGGAGCAGCAGCAGAAGCAGCAGCAGCAGCAGCAGCAGCAGCGGGGUUUCUUACCCUCCCCCAGCGCGCGUCUAUCUUUCUCUGUGCCUGUUGGCUCUCGUUCCCGCCAGCUGCUGCGGCAGCGUCAGCUGCUGCAGCCGGGUUCUGUGUCCCAGCAGCAGCAGCAGCAGCUGCAGCAGCAGCAGCAGCAGCAGAAGCAGCAGAGACAGAAGCAUCUGCUGCAGCAGCAAAGGAGACAGCAAGAAGAUAGAAGCUGCAGCGAAGAUGAAUGGGGGGACGAUGACUCCGACUUAUCUUCCUUUAUAGCUGACGACGACGAGGAGGAGCAGCAAAGCAGCAGCAGCAGCAGCAGCAGCAGCAGCAGCAGCAGCAGCAGCAGCAGCAAGAGAAAAGCAGAACCUGAAUGGAGAAGAGAAAUGAGAGCUGUUACUGGCUACGAUCCUGGGGUGUAUGCGCAGCUCGAUUUGGGGGAGUGUAUAGAAAGCAGCUUCACGCAGCAGCAGCAGGAAGAAAAGAGAAGCAAACAACUAGCAGAGGAGGAAGACAGGAGAGAGCUGCUGCUGCUGCAGCAAAAGAAAAGAAGGGGCUGA